CUUCCUUCUUCCCCCUCGAACAAAGAAAACGGAAAGGAAAAAAAAAAUCCCAUUCCCUGUUGCCAGCUAAUUAGGCGCAAAAAUCCAAUCCAAUUGUGGAUUAAGGCGGCAAAUCGAAGCAGGGAAGGGAUUAAAGAAUCCUCCCCGGCCGGCGAUUAAUCAAAAUUACCCAAAAGCAAGCAGCUAACGUCGGCAGAUUCCCAUUCUCGCUUUUCGUAGGUCAUAACAUAAAAAGCUUACGAAACGCUUAUUUUUCUGCCCAACGCGCCAAAAAGUAUUUCUCUCCUCCUCCACCGCCGCCGCCGCCCGUUCCUUCUUCCGCCUCGCUGCUUCUAGCUCUCCCGUCUUGCCCUCGCCGGCGUUCGUUUCCAUGGCCGGGAGCUGCUGAGUGAGGCGAGAAAGGGGGGGAGGGCGAGAGGAGAAACCGAGGCGGUUGGGAGGGAGAGUUUUUUCAGCUUCUCUCUCCGGUGAUGGAGGAGCAGCCGCUAAAACGGGCGUUGUUGGACGCUAGUGCAGGGGCGAUCGCCGGCGGGAUAUCUCGUACGGUUACUUCGCCUCUUGAUGUCAUCAAAAUCAGAUUCCAGGUUCAACUGGAACCAACGACAUCAUGGGCCUUGCUCAAUAGAAAUCUUGCUGCUCCAUCCAAAUAUACAGGAAUGCUGCAAGCAAGCAAGGAUAUAUUCAGAGAAGAAGGCUUAGCGGGUUUUUGGCGUGGUAAUGUUCCAGCUCUGCUCAUGGUUAUGCCGUACACUGCCAUACAAUUUGCUGUGCUACACAAGAUAAAAUCAUUUGCAGCUGGUUCUUCCAAGACAGCCGAUCACAUUCAUUUGAGCCCAUAUUUGUCCUAUGUAAGUGGCGCUUUGGCAGGAUGCGCAGCUACUGUGGGAUCAUAUCCAUUUGAUCUUCUUCGCACCAUAUUAGCUUCUCAGGGAGAGCCCAAGGUGUAUCCAACGAUGAGAUCUGCAUUUGUCGACAUUGUCAAAGCUCGUGGUUUUAAAGGCUUAUAUGCAGGAUUAUCCCCAACACUGGUAGAGAUUGUCCCUUAUGCAGGACUCCAGUUUGGUACAUAUGAUACAUUCAAGCGCUGGGCCAUGACUUGGAAUCAUUCUAGAUCCGGCAGCAUGACAACUACAGACAAUGAUAACCUCUCUAGCUUCCAACUUUUUAUUUGCGGCAUAGCUGCUGGGACAUGCGCUAAACUUGUCUGCCAUCCUCUUGAUGUUGUCAAGAAAAGAUUCCAGAUUGAAGGACUUCAGAGGCACCCGAAAUAUGGUGCUAGAGUCGAACACAGUUCGUACAAAAACAUGUUUGAUGCCCUGCGCCAGAUCGUGCUGGCAGAAGGCUGGGCUGGUCUGUACAAGGGGAUCGUCCCCUCGACCGUCAAGGCUGCGCCUGCCGGUGCUGUAACAUUUGUGGCUUAUGAAAUGACGUCAGACUGGCUAGAAUCUAUUUGGACUUGAAUCUGGAUAAACAAGAUUGUUUUUUUUUUUUUGUUAUUGUGUUUCUUGACCCAGAAUUUUAGGCAGUGUAUCAUUCAUUUUUGUUUCCAUAUUAACGCAAGAAAAGGCAUGCCUCAGCCUCACCCCAAGAAGGGACUUUACAUUAGUAUUCUUUCUUUUGCUUAGUCAAUAUUAUAGUGAUUUUGACAGUGCAUAGGACAAUUGUAAAAUCGCUUAUGCAAGCUGUAAUAAAAUCAUAUCAACCUGAUCAUUAGUUCGUUAUAUAAUUUCCCCCAGCUUUUAACACGAUUGAUUAUGAGAAAAUGUAAUAUUUCUUUCAAUAGGUGAUGUUGGAAAGAAUCAUCUCAGUAUUUGCUUUCCUCAAGACCAAAACAAAUAGUAACACAAAACUUAUGCUAAAAUACCAACAUGUUCUUGCCCCAACUUUUCCCAAAUACGGCUACAUUCUCUAUGAUGUACAACAUCUUCCCACGACAGAGAGGUUUGAAAACUCAAGACUAUUAAAAAGGGAAUCGUCAGUUCAUUGCCUAGUAGUUCUUUAUUCAGCACCAUAUCCCACCAGUUCCAGUGAACUUACUGACAGAAGUGUCAUUCAACCUCCUUGUCAUUCUUCAUGCUGUCCUCCGAUGGAAGUGAUACAAACUGCAAGAACUUCUUAACUUGUUCGACUUCAAGGCGGAACUGUUGAGCGAUUUGGUGGGCGUCCACGGGCGACUUGAGGUUGUCUCCUUCCCCCUUGCCUGCAUGUAGUUUGAGAAUGUGUCGGAGUUGUGCCAAGUUCAGGGUUCCCGGGGGAACAGCUCUUUCCUCAUACUUACUGGUAGCAUCGGGAGGUGUGUUCCGUAGUUUUGGUAGGGGCUUGUUAGGC